AUGGAAAGUUAUGGGGAGACGGCUGUUUCUCCAAGCCAUGACUUGUUCUACAACAUUGUUCUUGUGAGGCGAGAUACUAAGCCUGCCUCCACAGAUCCGAGUAACGAUAAAACCAAUUUCUCCCUCUCCUCUAAUACGCGACACGAUCUCUCUGCGAUCCUCAUAGUUCACCCAAUCGCUGCUCUCCUCACACUUAUAUGCUUCAUACUAGCUGCUACCUCCCAUCUACACUCGCCAUCACAUUCGCCUCGCUAUCUCCUUGGUCUGAUCAUCCUAUCCGUACCAACGCUUUUAAUCACUCUACUGGCAUUCUUGGUAGACAUCUUGCUGUUUAUCCCACAUCUAGCGUGGGGAGGAUGGAUUGUGCUGGCAGCUACAAUUCUCAUCCUGGCAAGUGCUAUUGUCACAUGCGCAAUGCGGAGAACCCUAGUGAGCAGGAAAGCUCGAAAGAAGAGGAUAGCUGAGAAUGCGGAAAUGAAUGGAGAGAACUUCUAUGCUCGCCAAGCCGCGCCUCCAGUUAUGGCCAUGGAUAGGGCAGAGUCGCCGCCUCCGUUGACAAACCAACCCGCUGUGAGCGGUGGUAUGGAUGAUAACAAAUUGCCAGCAUUCGCUACUUUUGAGACGAAGAAUGGCGGCGACGAGGAUAGGAUACCUUUGAACACAAGGACACCAUCCAACAAAACAUUACCAAGCAUGCCCAGCAGUGGGGGACAAGCAUAUUCAGAUGAUGGAUUCAACAGAUAUGGCGGGCCGCGGAGAGGAGGACCUGAUAACAUACGAGGGGGGCGUGGUGGACGUUACAAUGGACCAAGGGACGAGUAUGGGAAUCUUUUACCACCGUCAAACGCUUUCGGUCCAAUACCGCCCGCCGAACGGAGGAGGGACAUGUCCGAGCCGCCGAUGAGACGUCAGUACUCCGACGAGACAAUGAAUUCCCAAAGCUCACGUGGUAGGGGAAGAGGAGGAUACGCACCUCGAGGAUACGGCAGGGGCGGACCCUACGGCCCUGGGAGAGGUGGACCCUACGGACCCGGCAGAGGCGCCUACGGACCUGGCAACGGAAGGGGAGGAAUACCGAUGGGUGCGAUGGCAGCCGGAGCAGGCGCCGGCAUGAUGGCAGACGAAUACGGGCGAGGGCAACGGCCACCGCCUGGAUAUGCUAAUGGCUAUCCUCCAGAAGGUCGUCCUGGGCAAUACGACGGCCUAGGUGGGCCUGCUGGAUAUGGAAGGAGUCCCUCCGCUCCAGGCUAUGGAAGACGACCUUCACCAGGACCGCCAUCUGCACCUGGAGGAUAUGGAAGACAAUCUCCUGGGCCUCCAUCUGCACCUGGAGGGUAUAGAAGACAAUCUCCCGGGCCUCCAUCGGCACCAGGAGGCCACAGAGGACCCUCACCUGGAGGAUAUGGGAGAGGGCCAUCACCACCUCAACAGACAAUUCCCGGAGGCUAUGGCAGAGGCCCUUCGCCAGGUGGAGAUUACCCGUAUGCGAGACAAGAAGCUCCGCCAGGCCAACAGCCAAUAGAUUCUUACAGAAAUGAGCCUUCUCCGCCACUGCCGUUCCAGCAUCCUGGUAACGGUGAGAUAAUAGGGCAAGCUAUCGAGAUGGACGCGAGGACCGGGAGUCCGGGACUCGCGUCUCCUCAGUUUCCCCGAACGCAGCUGCAUGACCGCGAUGGCGACGUGCAAGGCCUUGUGGGUCUCCAAAACCAAGGAGCGUAUAAAGAGCACAGAGAUUCGCCUAUGAGCCUCACGAGCGUCUAUAGCGGUGAACAACCAUACGUCCCACCCCGCUCUGUGUGGGCAGGUGUCACCCGCGGUGUAACCCCACCUCCCAACACUAUUGCCCUCGACCCCGUCGAACUUCCCACUUCCAACCAAAACACAAUGCGCAGACCCCGCACCUCCUCGUUACCUCAAGCCCACGCUCCGGGCCACGGCCGUAAUCAGUCUUCCGCCGAUGCCUAUUACGAAGACGUCGAUCCUCGCUUCGUCACCCCAGAAAUCGACACCGCCCGCCAAACGCAAGCGACCCAGUCUUCCGCUGCCGUUCCCUCAUCUCUAAUGCCCGGCAUCUUACAAGCACCGUCGGACCUACCGCAAGCCCAGCAUCCGACUAUUGAGACAAUUGAUCCUAGCUCAUCAUAUGAGGAAUUGCAGGAUGGUCAAAUGAGUCCGGCAAGUGAUAUGACAUCGAUCAGCCAAAGAGGGGUCAAUCCUAAUUGGAGGCCGGGAACGGAAGGAGCUGGUGGCCAGAGAAGCGGACAGGCUAACCUAGGCGUGCCCGGGAGAAGAGAACAGAGACAUCAGCAGCAGCAAAGGGAUAUGCUGUUGAGUUCGAACCCCGAUUUCGAGUUGCCCGGUGGUAGUGGGCCCCAUGGUAGGAUACCGGCCGGUGUCAGAGGACAGCAGGGACAGGCUUUCUAA